UGAUCUUAACAAAAUGUGUUUGUUAGGGAGGGGAGGGAGGAGUUUAACAUGUAGGGAGAGAGUAAAAGUAGCCAUUGGAGCAGCUAAAGGAAUAGGCCAUCUGCACGAAGGGAUUAGCCCGAGCAUCAUCCACCGCGACCUGAAGCCGAGCAACAUCCUAGUUGGAGAGGGGUUUGAGGUGAAGGUGUCGGAUUUCGGGCUUGUUAGAACAGGGCCAGAUGGUGAUGAAUCACAUGUGACCAGCAAGGUGAAAGGGACAAUAGGGUACCUUGAUCCAGCAUAUUGCACAAGCUUUCAUCUCUCUCCAUUCACUGAUGUCUAUAGCUUUGGAGUCAUACUUCUGCAACUUCUCACUGCUAGACCUGCACUUGACUCUGCUAGGGCUACUAAUUCUACUUCUCACAUCAUUGAUUGGGCAAGAUUGAGCAUUGAGGAGGGCAAGAUUAUAGAUAUCUUGGACACAAAUCUUCUAGUGCAAGGUUGCUACAUGGAAAUGAUGCUGAAAAUGGGAGAGAUUGGUCUAAGAUGUGUGGUAAAAGUGCCCAAGGAAAGGCCUGCAAUGACUCAAGUGAGGCAAGAACUGGAAGCGGCGUUGGAGGCGGCCGAGGAGGCAUCCCCGGACCACACUCCGCGAGACGAUCCGGCGGUAUCAGUGGGGGGAGAUGGGUGGGAAAGUGGUAGGACUCAUCGUUCAUCUCAUAGCGUUGUGAGUGUUGAUGGGAUUGGGCUUGAGAGGUUUCAUGUGGACAUGGAUAGUGUGUCUUUUCAGAGUGUGAAUUUGAGAUGUUUAGAAACAAGUAUUAGUAUGGAUUAGUAUUUUAGGACCACUACAGUCUACAUAUAAACAACCACGUGUACUAUGUUGUUUAUCAAUGUCUUAUUUAGAUAUACGACAAAUAAUUAAGCAUGUAAUUUUGUUAGUUUAAUUUUCUGUUU